AUGAAGGGCCGAUCUGGCACUGUCUUGGAGGGGAAGGUGCUCACGAACAAUGGCUUGUCUUGUGAUGAAACCCCAGAGGCCUACGCACAGCGCCUUCGCUCUCGAGUAUGGCCUGUGGUGUGCAGAUGGCUGGGUGGAGGCAUGAGAAUGGCAUGCUUACAGGAGUUCCCCACUCAACCUUUGCUACAGAAGGAGCUUCUGGGUCAGCUGCAGGCUACCAGGCCUUCGCUGCAGCUGGCUGUGGGCAGUGCCUGGGAGGCCAACUUCACGCAGCUUCUGGGCCACUGCACCGCCGUGGUGUGGGAUUCAUCUCUGUGGCGUGAAAUCCCCUGCCAGGUGCCAACGGCCCAUGCUCUGAGGCUGCAAUUGGGCACAACUGCAAUUGCAAGCGUGCACUUGCCCUUCGUGGACUCGCCUGGCGGCCCCAGAUACGGUGAUGGGCUGAAGAGAGCACUGCACUUUGUGCAGAACUUGGCCAAGACCGCGGGGCAACUUACUGCAGCAGGCGACUUCAACGUCAAUGUGGAAGACCUGAAGGCCAAGGCUGAAGGCCUUGCUGAGAUCGCUAUGGUCCCAGACUCGGCAAUGUUCAAGUCACAGCGCAUCACCGUGGACGCCUGCGUCAAGUUUGACUCAUCCAGCACGCCUUCUGGUCUGGAAGCUUCACAAAUGGUGUGUCAUGAAGGCGUGUGGCGUCUAUCGAGCGCAGAGAUCUUUGGAAAGGAUGGCCGUGAUGCCUUUGUGAGCAAGCACGUCGCUCAAAGCCUUCAUGAUGAUCCACGACUGUGGCGACUCAGUGACACAGCCGUAUUUUCGCUUGGGUGCUGGCCUUUCACCGACCAGCUGCGGGAGGUUGGCAGGUUGCUGAGAGACGCCAUGCCUCAACGUGCGAGCAAGAAGCAGAAGCUUGGAAAUCCGUUGCUGGGCAUGAGCGCUUAUGCCAGUGACUCCAAUGACUCCAGUGAUGCUUCACCGUGCGUCACUUUGGCGGAGCGCGGGCUGAAGGUGACAGUUCUGGAGAGCCGAUCUAUCCUGGGAGGUCGUGCUCGAAGCUGGAUCGAUGGAGUCAUGCGUGACCCUGUCCAUAUUGGACCGCACGUCGUGGUAUCAGAGUACCCGAACUUCUUCAAGCUACUUGAGCGUUUGGGCACCCUGGAGAAGAUAGUUUGGCAGCCAUGGCGUCACUUCGUGACCUGGGUGAAGGGCCGUCAAGAGCACCACAUCCGCACACUGCCGUUGCCGGCGCCAGCCUCCUGGGGCCCGGUCUCGGUGGUGGAUCCCUUCGUGUCCUGGGCGGACAAACAUUCCACGGUGCCAGCGGCUGUGCAUUGCCUCAGCCUCUCGGAGGAGCAGCUGAUGGAGCUGGAUGGCCAAUCAGGUGCUGACUUUCUGCGGGGGUUGGGAGUGACGGAGGGUUACAUCACGCAUUUCUGGGGCUUUUUGUCGCAUGCUAUCUUGAACGUGCCAGUGGAGGAGGUGUCCGCAACGGCCCUGGUCCGCUUCUUCCGGCGCCUCGUGGGUCGCUCCUCCAUGGAGAUGGGGUUCGCUGGGUGUGGUCUCGGGGAGUUGCUAACCCCAGCGAGGGCCGAGUUAGAGAAGUUGGGCUCCGAAGUGCGCACCAACUGCGAAGUCACGGGCUUCCUAGGCAGCGACAAGUGCGAGGGAGUCAUUCUUGACUCGGGCGAGAAGAUUUUGGCGAAGAUGGGAGUCAUCAGUUCCUUACCUCCGCACACAUUGCUACCGCUGUUGCCCGCAGCCUGGGUGAGGCAUCCAAGCUUUGCAAGCUUGGAGGCCUUGAAGCCGUGCCGGUACCUAUCCGUUUACCUUUGGUUUGACCGAAAGGUCUCCGAAGGAAAGCAAAUGUGGGCCAGGACGUACAACAAGGAUGACUUGAAUUGCGAGUUUUAUGAUUUCUCUGAGAUCUACCCCGGGAAGGACAGCACUGGCAAGCCAUGGAAGGAGAGACCGUCUUUCAUUGGAUCGAACGUCAUUGAUUCUGGGCGUUUGUCCGACAUGACUGAUGACGAGAUCGUGGAGAGGACGUUGCAAGAGCUUCGCGAGAGCUUUCCAGAGGUUUCCACCGCCAAGGUCGUGCACAGUGUAGUGAACCGGGUGCCCAUGGCCAUCCACCGGCCAGUUGUGGGUACAGAGAAGCUUCGCCCUGAUCAGGCAUCGCCAGUCAAGGACUUCUACACAUCCGGCUGCUGGACUCGAACGGAGUUUCCUUGCUCAAUGGAGUCCGCCGCGAGGAGUGGCUACCUCGCAGCAGACAAGUUGCUUACCUCCCAGGGGCAGGAGAGCAAGUCGGCUGUGGCGUAUCCGGAGAUUGCGCUUUCCGCGCGCUUGCUGGGAGCUCUUGACGUGCUCCGACCUAUGUUUCUGGCGCCAUUUUUCCGCGGGCUUGUCUGGCUUAGCGGUGGAGCUCGACAAAGCAAACUCUAA